UGUUUUGUUUAUGUUAUAGCCACGGAAACUGGGUCUUGUAAGUGCAUGGAGCUCUUUACAGAGGCAAAGGUCGUGAAACUGAGGAGCCACCUUGAGAAAUACCUAGUGGCCGACGAUGAUCAAGAAACCGUCCAUCAAAGCCAAAACAGCUCAGGGAAAACAGCUAGGUGGUUGGUCGAGCUUGUCCCUGAUAAACCAUACGUUAUCCGCCUCAAAAGCUGCCAUGGGAAGUACCUGGCAGCCACUGAUAUUCCUUUUCUUUUAGGCAUGACGGGUAAAAUGGUGCUACAAACGGUGCCCGACAAGAUGGAUUGGAAACUCCAGUGGAAGCCUAUAAGAGAAGGGUUCAAAAUCAAGCUUAAGAGCUGGUGCGGGAAAUUUUUACGUGCAAACGGGGGGACGCCGCCAUGGAGGAACUCCAUCACUCACGGUGAAUCUCGUACUGGAGCUACGAAUAAAUGGGUAUUAUGGGAUGUGGAGAUAGGAGAGUACUCCGAGUCUUUGAGCUAUUCUCGUGUGUUUAUGGAGUAUUUGUUGUCAAUUUCGAGCUUUUUUCCGGAGUCUGAAGAAGUUUUGGAGGCUUUUAGCGAUGAUAGCUUAGCUUCAAGCCCUCCGUCACCGGUUUCAGUCGUGUCCUCGUUGAAGUCCCCAAGGUCUUCUGUGGUUCCAACAGGGUCGCGGGAGUCAGGCAAAUUGUCAAGUGAUUUUUAUUUAGAUUCACCACCGAAAUCAAAAGGUAGGACUAUAUGUUACCAUGUAGCAGAUGAAACUGGCGAGGUUGACGAUGAGGCAAUGGAAGGGCACUCUUUUAGUUUCAAGGGUAACGGUGUAGAUGAACUAACUCACAAAUUGAAACAAGAGACCGGGCUUGAGGAUGUUGUGGUGUGUGCUCGCAGUCCUUUGAAUGGGGAGCUUUUUCCUCUUUGUUUGCGGCUUCCUCCCAACAAUCUUGAUAUGCAUGUAGUUGUAGUUCCAUUAGCAUCAAAAAGAUGA